ACCACCACCAAUUCACACAUGAGUCAAUAUCCUGUUCCUCCACCUUCUUACGGCGCCACUGUACCUUCACCGAAAAGUCCUACCGCUGGCGAUAGCCUCAGGGAGCCGUUGUUGGGUAGCCCAAGAUUCGAAGCCGGUUCAAGCUCUGGAGGGAUCUACAACCAGCCCAGUCCUGGAGAACUCCCUGAUGAUUUCAAAUAUGGUGUGACUGUUUCAGAGAGUUCCCCCGAGAUCAGGAAUGCAUUCGUGAGAAAGGUGUACACGAUCCUUUUUUCACAGAUCCUUGCUACCACCAUUGUAGGCGGUGUGAUUUCUCAAUCCCAGUCUACCGUGUUUUGGGUCCAGACACAUGCCUGGUCGUUCUAUGUCCCUCUCUUCGGUACCCUCGUCGUCUUAGGUUUGCUUUACUGGAAGCGUCACAACCAUCCUCUCAACAUCGGCCUCCUAUCUCUCUUUACUGUUCUGGAAGCGUUCACGCUUGGCGUUGUCACGGCGUUCUAUGACAAUGUAAUCGUGAUGCAGGCCCUGUUGAUCACGACUGGCGUCUUUUUAGGCCUAACGCUGUUCACUCUGCAGUCCAAGUAUGACUUCUCAGGACUUGGACCAUGGUUGUUCGGUGGUCUUAUCGCUCUGCUGAUGACUGGGCUCGUAGGAGUGUUCCUGCCUUUCAGCCGCACCAUGGAUCUCGUCUUUGCCAUUGGCGGAACGCUCCUUUUCAGUGGAUAUGUCGUCUACGACACAUACAUCAUCAACAGCCGACUUUCCCCUGACGAGUACAUCAUGGGCGCUAUCAGUCUGUACCUCGAUUUCAUCAAUCUCUUCCUCAACAUCCUACGCCUUUUGAACAAUGUCCAGGAGCGGUGAUACGUUGUUGAAUUAGUCUCUUUAGGCUUCUUUAUGCACGACUGAUAAUCUUCUUUCUCAUCGGAACUUGUAUUGUAAUACGUGUGUGGCAAGAUAUCUCUGGUUUACUGACUG